UUUUAUUUUACGUUGUCGUGUGCAGGGUGGCGAUGAAGAGUUCAGAACUGCUGUUUCUCUACGGCCAGUUGGACCCUCGUGUUCGGCAUCUGGUGUUCAGUGUGCGGUGCUGGGCUCGGGCUCAUAGUAUCACAAGCAGUAUUCCAGGAGCAUGGAUCACCAACUUCUCUUUAACGGUCAUGGUAGUGUUCUUUCUACAACAGAGGAAUCCUCCCAUACUGCCCACACUGGACCGACUGAAGGAGCUGGCAGGACCAUCAGAUAAGUGUGACAUUGAGGGUAAUGACUGCACUAUUGUCAGUGACCUUAGCAAGAUUACACUGCAGCAGAACACAGACACAUUAGAGAAACUGUUGCAGGAAUUCUUCGAGUUUUAUGGCAAUUUUCCCUUCAAAAAUGCAUCGAUCAAUAUCAGGAAGGGAAAGGAGCAGACCAAACUGGAAACGACAGCUUUGUAUAUCCAGAAUCCAUUUGAAACCACUCUAAACAUUAGCAAGAAUGUGAAUGCAACACAGCUAGAACGUUUCGUGGCACUUUGUCGAGAAAGUGCUUGGCUUUUCCAGCAGAAGGAAAUUCUUCAGCAAAGUUCGGACUCACCAUGGGGGUUCACUGCACUUCUCCUUCCUUCAGUCACCUCAGGAGCAGGGGUGAAAAGUCGCAGGAAGAGAAAACUGGAACCAGCUAGUUCAAGAAUAAAGAACCUCUUAGACUCUCUGAAGAUUAAAAGUGGUGAAACUGUUGCAAAGAAGGGAAGUGCAAAUGCUAGAAGGUGAUAUGGUCAAUAAACUUCACUUACCCUGAAAUGUCUUCUGAAGAACAAAUUUAAAUGACCAACACGCUAAAAGAGUGGAACAAACGUUUAGUUUAUAUAUUUCUACUGUCAGAAGCUGUAAGUCUUUUAAGAAAUAUGUAAAAAACUAAGCUCAGUUUCUGUUCUACUCAAGUAUUUCACAUGAAAGAGUAACUUUGUAGAUUCCAGUGUGAUAUAUCAAUGGAAGAAAAGGUCCACUGCGGUCUUGACUCCUAAAAAAAAUGGAGUGCAAUGGUUGUGUUGAUCUGAUAACAACAAUCAUUACGGUUUCCAGAGAAGUGAAGCAGAAACUCUGAACACUAUAAACAGCUUGCAUGGAACAGUUGUGAUUGUUAGAUCACACGCAAACUCCAUCUUCUCUGAGUUGCCAUAGACUUACAAUAGCCUAAUAACUGCAUGAACAAAUUAGUUUUAUUUCAGAAAAUGUAUAUAUCAGGAUUGUCACUUAAUUUCCUUAAUUGGGACUUAAUCUCAUAAACAUAACCACAAUGUGACUAUUUCACAAUAACAACUUUAUUUCUCCUGAUUGGGGCAUCAUUUCCUCGUUAUUGUGACUAAAUCUCACAAUGAGACUUGACCUAACAUGACAUAAAAUCUCUUUUGUUUCACACAGUUUCAACUUUAAGUUAUUUCUCGUAACUGUGAUUUUAUAUCUCACAAUGAAACUUUGACCUUACAUCUCACAAUUGUGUCUUAAUUUCAUUGUGGCUCACAAAGCAGCUUCAUAUCUUGUAACGUUACCUUAUAUAUCACAAUUGCGAUUUCUCAUCAUUGAGACUAUAUCUCAAUAUAAGGAUGGCUUUCAUAAUAAACUGGAAGGUAGUGUGAGAAGAUGGAUAGAACAAGACAUGGGAAAGGUGAAGAACUACAGCACUUUGGUGGGGAGGACAGGAAACAGUGAGUUGAUGGAAAAAUAGUUGUAGGGCAUUGGCAAAUAGAGAGGAAAUAAGUGUUUUGAGAUUAGCAGCAAGAGAAGAAAACUAUAAUGGGAGAAGAUGAAAGAGCGUAAAGUCUCCUGAGAGUGCUAGUUGUUUUAAUGUUCAUGAUGGUUUUACCACUC